UUUAUCUGAUAAAGUCGAGUACUAGGUCAAGAAGAAGGAAGUUAUCUUGCAGUCUAAAUUGUAUUUAAAGCUACUUUAUUAAAGUUUAAAUCAAAUGUUAAACUGUUUUCACUUGGCUAAAAUUAAGAUAUCUGGAAUAAAAAACGUCGUAAUAUCUUUUAAACUUUUUAAAAGUAUUCUGACAUAGAAUCUUUUUGGAUUUGAUAUUAACAGAUAUUUAGGACAUUCAAGAUGGCUGCCGGUGGUUUAUCAAGAACGAUAGAAGGCGGACAUGAAGAGUUUUAUGAUUUCCCGUGUUCGCUUUGUCAGGACGAAGGAAAACACCUAGAAGCUGCUAGGUACUGUAAAGACUGUUUCGUGUAUAUGUGCGUAAAUUGUACAAGACAUCAUAAUAAGUUUCCGCUGAACAAGACUCAUCAAUUGUUGGACCAAAGCCAAUUUGCGACAGUUACACAGUUUAAACCUGUUUCAUUUCCAACGAAGCGAUGUUUAAAACAUCCUGGUGAGCUCCUAAGCAUUUACUGCGGAGACCAUGAUGUCGUCUGCUGUAGCUCGUGCAAGGCUCUCGAACACAGCAACUGUGCUGAAACCGAGCAUUUGAUAGACGCGGCAAAGGGUAUACAGAACAGCAAAGAGUACCAAACUAUCAAACAAGAAACACGUGCGCUCCUGAACGAUGCCGUUAGAGUUCUUGCAGACCGGAAAGCUGAUAUUUCUCGUAUCGAGAAUGAAAGAAAAGAUGUCAAGAAAAUUAUUGCUGAUUUUAGAAAGAAAGUAAAUAAGUACUUUGAUGACCUGGAGCAAAAAACUCUCGAUGCUUUACAUGAUAAAGCGGAAGUUAUCGUAAGCAGUUGCAAACAAGAUACAAAAGAUCUUACCGUCAUGAAAUCAACAGCUGAGGACAUGCUGAAGCAGCUAGAGUCAUUCAAGGGAGAUAAUGAGUGCGACCUCUUUGUACAAGUCAAAGCCGACAAGAAAUUCUUACGUAAUGCUAUGCAAGAAGUUCUUAAUAUCUCGAAGAACGUACGGAAAGAUGCUAUUAACUUUAGAAUCGACCAGAAAAUCGAGCCAUACCUUAGUUCACUUGAAGGUUUGGGCACCUUUACUGAAAUCCCUGUAAACGUUGGUCAACUUUCACUAGCAACCACAGACAGACAUGUCAGCCAGUCACGUGCAUCUACGUCAUCCUCGCAGACGUCCCCAGACAAUCGUGCUCCGCUUCCUAUAUACAAAACACAGCUAUAUGGUAAAUUUGAUGUAAAUGAGAAAUCUGAUUCUGAAGAGUGUCAUAUAACAGACAUCUGUCAGUUACCAGACGGAACUAUCCUUAUUGUUGAUUACAACAACGAUAAGCUGAAGAGACUAGAUCAGUCAUAUAAACUUCUCGAUUCUCUACGACUGCCCGGUAGUCCAUAUAGUAUAUGUAACGUUGGUUCUGAUGAGGUUGCUGUGUCUCUGUGUGAUGCUAAGAAAGUUCAGUACAUAUCUGUAAAAAAGAAACUGACAUUGACGAGAUCAUUCAGUACAGGUAACUACUGUAGAGGAAUGGUUUAUGUUGAUGAUAAACUGUAUGUCUGUUGUGGUGAUUCACGUGAUUCAGCUUCCUAUUGUAUAGAAGUGUAUAACAACGCUGGUCAGCUACAUCAUUCUAUAAGUGGAUUAUCUUCCCUUCCAUUAUACAUCACAGUCACAGAUGAUGGUCAGCAUCUUCUUGUUACCAGCUAUCCCAGUGAUAACAUUACUAUGAUGGAUCUGACUGGUAAUGUAGUCAACACGUUCAGCAACAGGGACUUGAAACAACCUAGUGGUAUAUGUACUGAUGGUAAAGGUCAGGUGUUUAUCUGCGGGAUCAGCAGUAACACAGUUGUUCAGUUGGAACCUAAGCAGCAGAAGAUAGACGUGAUCUUGGGAAUGAAAGAUGGUAUCGAUAAUCCUUGUGCAAUUUACUAUGACAGAAAGCAGUCGAGUGUAUUGGUCUCCUGUUUCAAAUCAAAUCAAUUGUUAGUAUUCAGUUUGAAAUAGGGCGUAAGGAAUCAAAAGAAGACCUCUGACAAAAAUCGAUAUUGAUAUCAUUUUACCUAUUUACAAUAAAUUUUGAAUUUUGUA